AACAUUUCGUCCUUUCAACGCCUGAAUACCCUUCUCCUACCAAUCCCCUACCCCCAAACCUUUUACAAGGAAAUCCUCUCGGAUCCGAUAGCCGCCGACCUCACCAUCCUCGCAAUAUGGCAUGAUGAUCCCACAACCGCUUCUUCACAACAAGGCACUGUAAUAGGAGGGGUGCAAGGAAGAGUAAUAGGAGGAAUACGCUGUCGCAUCCUGCCAGAUCCAUCAACACAAGCCAAGCCCAAAGACAGGAUUUUAUACAUCUCUACACUGGGUGUGUUAUCGCCGUACAGGAGCUAUGGUGUUGCGACCCACCUGCUACACGCGGUUAUAGAGAGAGGCAUACGGAAACACGGGGUCAACGCUGUUGGGGCCCAUGUUUGGGAGGCUAGUCAGGAUGCUAGGGAGUGGUAUCGGAAGAGGGGAUUCAGGGAGACGCACAUGGAGGAGCGUUACUACCGUAGACUUACUCCGCAGGGUGCUUAUGUGCUGAGAAGAGAAAUU